GGCCCCAGCAGCCGCCGCGCUCCCAGAGUGCCCGCACCUCCGCUCCCGGGAGUCGAGCUCCGAGUGUCCGCCGCUCAGCGUCCAGUCCGCCAGCAUGUCGGGGAUCAAGAAGCAGAAGACGGAGAGCCAGCAGAAAUCCACCAAUGUCAUCUAUCAGGCCCACCACGUGACCAGGAACAAGAGAGGGCAGGUCGUUGGCACGAGGGGUGGAUUCCGAGGCUGUACGGUGUGGCUGACUGGUCUCUCUGGUGCUGGAAAAACCACAAUCAGUUUUGCUUUGGAAGAGUACCUGGUCUCUCACGCCAUCCCGUGCUACUCCCUCGAUGGGGACAAUGUACGACACGGCCUUAACAAAAACCUCGGAUUCUCCCCCGGGGACAGAGAAGAAAAUAUCCGCCGGAUUGCCGAGGUGGCCAAGCUGUUUGCCGAUGCUGGUUUGGUCUGCAUUACCAGCUUCAUUUCUCCUUUUGCCAAGGAUCGUGAGAAUGCCCGCAAAAUCCAUGAAUUGGCAGGACUGCCGUUCUUUGAAAUCUUUGUGGAUGCACCUCUAAACAUCUGUGAAAGUAGAGACGUGAAAGGCCUCUACAGGCGAGCCCGAGCCGGGGAGAUCAAAGGGUUCACGGGUAUUGAUUCUGAUUAUGAGAAACCCGAGACCCCCGAGUGUGUGCUGAAGACCAGCUUGUCCUCAGUGAGUGACUGUGUCCAGCAGGUGGUGGAGCUCCUGCAAGAGCAGAACAUUGUACCCCACACGAUCAUGAAAGGCAUCCAUGAGCUCUUCGUGCCAGAAAACAAACUUGACCAGGUCCAGGCUGAGGCCGAAGCUCUCCCUUCGUUAGAGAUUACCAAGCUGGAUCUUCAGUGGGUCCAAGUUUUGAGCGAAGGCUGGGCCACUCCCCUCAAGGGUUUCAUGCGAGAGAAGGAAUACUUGCAGGCCAUACACUUUGAUACCCUGCUGGACGGCAUGGUCCUUCCUGACGGAGUAAUCAACAUGAGCAUCCCCAUCGUACUGCCCGUCUCUGCGGAUGAUAAGGCGCGGCUGGAGGGGAGCAGUGAGUUUGUCCUGACACAUGGCGGACGGAGAGUGGCUAUCUUACGAGACCCUGAAUUCUACGAACAUAGAAAGGAGGAACGUUGUUCCCGCGUGUGGGGGACAAUGUGUGCAAAACACCCCCAUAUCAAAAUGGUGAUGGAAAGUGGGGAUUGGCUGGUGGGUGGAGACCUGCAGGUGCUGGAGAGGAUACGGUGGAAUGACGGGCUGGACCAGUACCGGCUGACGCCUCUGGAGCUCAAGCAGAAGUGUAAAGAAAUGAACGCCGAUGCGGUGUUCGCGUUCCAGCUGCGCAACCCCGUCCACAACGGCCACGCUCUGCUGAUGCAGGACACCCGCCGCAGGCUGCUGGCGCGGGGCUACAAGCAGCCCGUGCUCCUGCUGCACCCUCUGGGGGGCUGGACCAAGGACGACGACGUGCCCCUGGCGUGGCGGAUGAAGCAGCACGCGGCGGUGCUGGAAGAAGGGGUCCUGGACCCCAAGUCAACCAUCGUUGCCAUCUUCCCCUCCCCGAUGCUGUACGCUGGCCCCACAGAGGUCCAGUGGCACUGUCGGUCCCGGAUGAUUGCAGGGGUCAAUUUCUACAUCGUGGGCCGGGACCCUGCGGGCAUGCCCCACCCUGAGACCAAGAAAGACCUGUACGAACCCACUCACGGAGGCAAGGUCUUGAGCAUGGCCCCGGGCCUGACCUCGGUGGAAAUCAUUCCAUUCCGCGUAGCUGCCUACAACAAAGCCAAAAAAGCCAUGGACUUCUAUGACCCGGCAAGGCACGACGAGUUUGACUUCAUCUCGGGGACACGAAUGAGAAAGCUGGCCCGGGAAGGAGCGAACCCCCCAGACGGCUUCAUGGCGCCCGCAGCGUGGGAAGUCCUGACAGACUAUUACCGGUCCCUGGAGAAGAACAACUAAGUGCCCUCCGGCUCCAGAGUUUCUUCUCGAAGUGCUCUUGGGUUCUCUUUCCUAUUUUUGUGAUUAGAUGCUUUGUACAUGAUUGCUUCUCAGUGACUGAUUUCCAUGUUUUAUAAUGGGGUAAAACUUGUGUCUAUAAUUUAAA